UGACAUAUCAUUAGGGGUUCUUCUAGAAAUAAACGAAAGCAUCAUUAGAGAAUGAAUAUAGGUCCAUGAGGCACCCACCAAUUCGUCUAGAAAAUUAAUAGCAAUUUCCUUCAAAUUACGUCUCAAAAAGAGCCUCCGCCGAAUCCCUUUCCGCUUCAUAUAAAACCAUAUUGUCCUAGUUUCAGCAGAACCAAAAACAAACUCAAAGAAACAAGAAGAAAAAAAACACCCAAGUCCUAAGAUUUUAUUGUAGUCAGCAAACAAAAUGCAAGAGAUUGAAGAAGCCAAUUGUCCUAGUUUCAGCAGUUAUUCAUCGUCGACAACCAGUGUUGAAGAUACUGCAGCUAAAGUCAUUGAGGAAGGAUUCGGAUUUUACCCGGACGGCGACAACACAAACGGAGAAGAAGAAAAUGGCGACAAGGAUGAUUUCGAAUUCGCUUCGGUGAAUUUUACAGAUACUACUAAUCCCAUUUUCCCCGUUUUCAAUCAAGAUAUUGCCACCUUCGAAGAUGAUGGUACUCACAGUCACAACUCGUCUUGUCCUCGGCUUCGGUUACAGAGGCUCUUUGUAGAAGAGUUCUCAUCAUCGACAUCGUCGUCUUCUUCUUCGUCAACUGAAACUGAUGUCGAUUGCAUUUGGGAACCCAAAACUUUUACGACAUCCCCUGAUCGUACGUACUGUCCUGAUAAGAAGAGUAAAUCCAUGGGAAAUAGUGGUAACAAGCUUAAAAGUUUUAAGAUCAGAGAUUUGAUUCAUCGGAGUAAUAGUGAUCAGAAUAAGAUGUACGUCUACUUAGCAAAUCAGGCUAGCCCGUUGCCAAGUACUAAUAAGGGAACGAAAGAAGAUGCAAAAAAGAUGAAUAGAAAAUUGUCGGCGAAGAAAGUAAGUGGUAAUAUUAGUACAACUGCCGAAAAUGAAAUGGUGUCGGCGUCAAGGUCCCCGCGUAGAGAAGGAGAUAAACGUCGAUCAUUUUUACAACGAGAUUUAAUUGGUUUUUUUGGGUUCUAUAGGAAAGUCUAUCCUUUUGCUUAAUCUUUAGGUGUUAGUUAAGUAGUAAUCAGAAAGUUCUUAAUCAAUAAUCUUAUUUUCGUGUUGUAAUUAUAUUUGUUCAUUUUCCAUUUAGAUAUCAAUCCUUUGAUUUAAUGUUA